GAGGAUGCCUGGCUUUUAUUAUAAGGCGAGGCGGUGUUCAACAGAUGACAGACAGCUGAUGCAGCCAAUAAAAGACGCGACGUCCAUUCGACGGCCAAUGACUGACCCGCGGGGGCGGGGCUAACUCGCCGUUUUAUCCGCACUCUCGCCAAGCAGAAGGAGAAUCCCAAAAAUGACAUCCAGCUUUCCAGAGGAAAACCGCGGCGUUUAGAGACGCUCUCCUGAAGUUUCCUUCCUCACAUUAUCACGGAUUACAGCUCAUUCUUCAGAUAUGUAGUCAUUAGACUUCGGAAAUGUGUAUUUAAUACAGAAGGACAGUUGUUUUUCCACAGAACCGUUAUUUACGCGCCUCUGAUUCCAAACUCCUGAUCCUUCAGCUUCAAAUCGGACAUCAUGUGUGAUUUAAUGCCAGCGGCUCAACCGGCCGAAAAAAUCGGCAAAAUGAAGAAAUUAAGAAGAACUUUGUCGGAGAGCUUCAGUCGCAUCGCCUUCAAGAAAGAAGACAGCGGCUUUGACGAGAUAUGUGUCACCAAGAUGUCCACUCGCAGCUGCCAGGGAUCGGACUCGGUCAUCAAGCCCCUGGACACUAUCCCUGAGGACCGGAAGGUGCAGCGGACGCAGAGCGGCUUCGACACCUUCGAGAAACCGGCCGGUCAGGUGAAGCGCGUGCAUUCAGAGAACAACGCCUGCAUCAACGCCAAGAGCUCGUCCUCCGGCAAAGAGUCGCCCAAACUCCGCCGUCACUCCAGCCCCAGCUCCCCCACGAGCCCAAAGUUUGGGAAAGCAGAUUCGUACGAGAAGCUAGAGAAGCUCGGCGAGGGAUCCUACGCCACCGUCUACAAAGGGAAGAGCAAGGUGAACGGGAAGCUGGUUGCAUUGAAAGUGAUUCGUCUGCAGGAGGAAGAGGGAACGCCGUUCACAGCGAUUAGAGAAGCGUCUCUGCUGAAAGGCCUGAAACACUCAAACAUCGUGCUGCUCCACGACAUCAUUCACACCAAGGAAACCCUGACGCUGGUCUUUGAGUAUGUGCACACAGAUCUGUGUCAGUACAUGGACAAACAUCCCGGCGGCCUUCAUCCGGACAACAUCAGGCUGUUCCUGUUCCAGUUACUGAGGGGUUUGUCUUACAUCCAUCAGCGCUACAUCCUUCACCGAGACCUGAAACCACAGAACCUGCUCAUCAGCGACACCGGAGAACUCAAACUGGCCGACUUUGGUCUGGCCCGUGCGAAGUCGGUCCCCAGCCAUACGUACUCUAAUGAGGUGGUGACGCUCUGGUAUCGUCCUCCAGACGUGCUGCUGGGAUCCACAGACUACUCCACCUGUCUGGACAUGUGGGGAGUCGGAUGCAUCUUCGUGGAAAUGAUCCAGGGAGUGGCGGCGUUCCCGGGCAUGAAGGACAUUCAGGAUCAGCUGGAGAGGAUAUUUCUGGUUUUGGGGACGCCGUCAGAAGAGACGUGGCCAGGUGUUCACUCUCUCCCGCACUUCAAACCAGAUCGAUUCACUGUCUACAGUCCCAAGAAACUCAGACAAGCCUGGAAUAAGCUGGGUUAUGUAGAUCAUGCUGAAGAACUGGCUUCCAGAUUUCUCCAGUGCUUCCCAAAGAACCGUCUCUCGGCCCAGGCGGCGCUUCAUCACGAGUACUUCAGCCAUCUGCCCCCGAGACUCUGGGAGCUGCCUGACAUGUCUUCAAUCUUCACCGUUCCCACCGUUAAGUUACAGCCUGAGUCUGGCGACAGCAUCCAGGUGUGCAGUAAGACCAACAGUCACGGCAAAGCGACGUCAAACAGCAAACACUGACCCCGACGAGCCGCCGCCGGGAGCCAAACAGGUUGGCGCUGUCAGCCGUCAAGAUGGAAAAAGGACAAAGAGGAGAACGAGACGGGAACGGCUCUUCAUGUUUAUUUAAAUUAUUUCAUUUCUGGCUGGUUUGACCUUCCAUGUGGGAAUGAGAGCAAUUCAGUCAAAUCUGAGUUUUACCAUCAGGAAUGUCACAUAACAUUCCCACAUCGACGGCAUGCGAACAACGUCCGGACUUCAAAAGGCAAUUAAUACGAACUGUUUGUGUAUGUAGCUACCUAUAUACGAAUGUUUGUACAGUUAAAUAUGUGUCUAUCUGCAAGAACAUACCAAAUGCCCUCCCGCACACAAUCAAGCAUUAUCGAGACCAAGCUGGCAUUUCACAUUUCCUGCAAUCUUCCACAUUGUUGGCUAUGGUACGGUCCAGCUGCACUCCCAAUAACAAUGACAAUAAUUCCCACAGUAAUAACUAGGGAUGCACCGAUAUAUCGGCCGAUAAUUAUCUGCACUAUCAGCCAUCGACCGAUUAUUUAAAAACAGCAGAUUUCCUGUCAAUCAAAAGGUGGCGGAAAAACACGUCAGACAGCAACUUGUCUUACGUUAAAUUUAGGGCUGUCAAUGUUAAAGCAAUAAUAACGCAUUAACGCAGCGCUGUUGAAUCAGCAGCCCUAUAAAUCACCCAUAGUUCAAGCCAGAGUUGCCAGAUCCAGUUUCCUAUCCAAUAAUCACAAAGAUCUUUGUGCUUUGUUACUUCUAAUAAAUAAAACAAAGCCUCAGCUUACAAAUCAUGUACAUCUUAUUACUAAAUUCAAACAGUAAAUGCCGUUUUGACACUCUUAAAUGUAGCGUGAUGUACUGCUGUUGUGCUUCAGUUUAAGGGGUAGCACAGAGUCUUUCCACGCGAAAUUAAAAUGAAUGAACAUCUGAAGGUGUUGAAAGAUACAGUACAACCUACCAGAAUGUAUCAUGUCUCAUGUAAUCACUCAGUCAGCGUUUUAACCAAAAUAAAAACGCCAAAUAAAACAGGUUAUGAACAAUGUCACUUAACGUUGCAUUUACCUCUGGAAAGUUAAACUCUAGAGGGAGCUUAUUUACUGUUAAUUAUAUGUUUGAAUAAAUCUUUCAUGAAGACAAGUUUUUACCUUACAUUGUAUACAAACGUUUUUAAUUUGAGUGUGAUGAUUAUAUCUGAAAAUAAAUGGCAUUGAAUAUAGUUUUGUUGUUAAUUUUAAGCUCUAAUGAGAUGUACCAAAUGAAAGGCUCCCUGUAUAGUUUAUAGCAUUAGCUUUUUCCUAAAGAAAAUGUAACUAUUGGCGUUGGCAUAUAUUCUGAAUAAUCGGCUGUCAAUUUCAGCAGAUAUCAUUCUGAAUAAACAGUAUCAGCAGAUAUCAUUUCAAAUAAUUGUAUCGGUAUCGGCAGAUAUCUUAAUAAUUGGUUAUUGGUAUCGGCAGAUAUCAUUCUUAAUAAUCGGUUAUUGGUAUCGGUAGAUAUCAUUCUGAAUAAUCGGUAUACACAGAUAUCAUUCCAAAUAAUCAGCUAUCGUUAUUGGUAUCUGCAGAUAUCAUUCUGAAUAAUCGGCUAUCGGUAUCUGAAGAUAUUCUGAAUAAUCGGCUAUUGUAUCAGCUAAGAAAUGUAGUAUCGGUGCAUCCCUAGUAAUAUCGAUAAUCGCACUGACGAUGUGGUUGCAGCCUGAUGGUGCACAUUCACUCACUGCAGGGAAUGCGCUAAAGCAAUGAACACCAUCACUAACGGCAGAUAACUGCGAGUCUCGUGUACGUCUUUGUGCGUUUACAUGUGCGUUGAGUGUUAAAUACAGGCAAUACGCUUGCACUGGUGCUACUGUGCAUGAGAAAGAAAUUCACUCGUCCACGUUUGGAAAUGAAUCUGUUCCAUCCGAAGGCCCAUGACAAUCUUAGAACGAAUUGCACUCACUAACUGAUCAUUAAAACACCCCAAACUUUACUUUGAACUGUUAAAGGAUGUUCACACAGGACGUGCUGUUUUUUUUUUUUUUAAUUGUCUGUCUGUGCUAGAUGGACAUCUCUGUAUCUUGUUGUAUGAGUGCUGCUUUUAUGCGUUUUGCAGAUGCUUUUAUCCAACUUAAAGUUGACACAUUGUACACAUUCAUGCAUUAACUGAGAUUCGAACCCAUGACUUUGUCGUUGUUUGCACUAUUACUAUUUACUAUUUAAGCUACAGGACUACUUUAGAUUAUCCGCAUUAGAUUCAAUACAAAUUCACAAUUCACACAAAAAAUCACUCUGAAAAACAAAAUCAGCUAAAAACAGUAAACCUUUUUAUAUGAACAUAUGAUUGUUUUGUUUUUUUUAUUUACAGUUAAAUUUUUAUGUAUUUUCUAUUUAAAUUUUUUGUAUUGUUGUGUAUACUUUCCUAAAUCUCAAAUUUUAGAAGCAUGUUACUUCCAACAGCAGGAUCAUGGGUUCGAUUACCAGCAAAAGUCAUAUACAUGAACUAAUAAAAAUGUACGCCUUCAACGCAGCGUACGUUUCUUCAAGUAAAAGCAUCUACCAAAUGCAUAAUGAAUGCAAAUGCCAAACAAAAUACAGAUUUAUUUUUAUUUUGGGUCUGAGCACCUGCUUUUAACCAUGAUUAAAAUUGAAAUGGGUAAAAUUGAAAAGUUUAAAUUGAAACAGAAAAAUUUUGUACACACCAGUGUCAAAGCUUUCCAUGCAUGUUCAUGACCCUAAAUGAGAAAAGAAAUCAUACAGUUUCAAGAAAAGCAGGUUAACUGGUAACAUAACAUAAGGAUAAAAACAAGUUUAAAGAGUCUUUUCUAGCGGUUUAUAAAUGCAAGAAUGCAUUAUGUGUGAACAGUCCUUUAGCAUUUCAAACUGAAGUGUUGUUGAUGAAGCUCUAAUGCAUUUCUCGAACGUCUUUUCGAGAUGGAGUUUGAUCUGAAGAACCAUCCCAAAGUGCACUACUCCCCCGGCCUGUGUAUCUGAAUACUAAUACUGCUCUUCCUGUUCAUGUCCGUCCAUUUGGUUUCUGUACAACAGACGUUCAACAUAAUAAUAUAAUGUCCAUUUGGGUACGGUAUUUUCUCUUUCUGUCAGUUUGUCGUUAAAUAUCAAUAAAUUUUGCUUUCUAAAAGUGCAAGAGCUAAUUGAACAAUAGCAAUGUUUGGCUCUGCACUGUUAACAUGGAUCGAAUAAACAACUAAAAUAAGUUCAGAUUUGUGCAGUAACGCACCUGUUUAGUAACAGAUUAUUUAAUAAAUCAGAAGCGAAUGGAAUGUGUACAGACGUGCAUGACGUCCAGUGACGCAUCACGCCUUUGCAGUUAUUAUACAUUACAAAUCUAGACAUGAUACAUUUUUUUUAAAUUAUUCAUAUUUGUGCAAAAUGAACUUCUUGAUUCAGCUUUAGUCAUAAUGGUGUGACUAACAGUCAGAGGACUAGUUAAAGAGCAAUGAUGUUUAUGGGCUUUAAAAGGUCAACGCUUUCUGCGAAUGCACUUUUCAACAUGUUUGUGCAACAUUCCAGCUUAUAAGGACGUGUUUUGCACCUGCAAAUUCGGUCCGGCCACGUACACACCGCAUAACCUGAUUAUCACUCGUAAUCCUGAAUUUGAGCAACAUUUUGGCAUCUCAUAAACUAGAAACAUGAUUAAUAGCAGUCUAACCCGAUGGUGUUUGCUGCUUCGAACAAAAUAAAUAUUAAUAAAUAAAGACAUAAAUGUAGUUUAGCACCCAAUUGACUAAAGGAAUAAUGUAGAUUAAAUAAAAGGAAACAUGCACUAAAAUACGGUGCACAAAAGUGGUGCAAAUCGGUGAAUUCAAUGCUCUAAAACACACAAAAAAGAGUGCAAAUAUUCUUAACAUCCUUAAAUCAAGAUACAUUUAUUUGAAGUGCAUAAAGAUAUGAUAUUAAAUAUUGUUUUCUGAAAAAAUAUUUUUAAAAAUUAAGAAAUUAUCAAAAUUUUUGCUUAAAACAAGAAAUAAAUGUCAAUGAGGUCAGAAAAAUAAACUUGUUUACCCUUUGAAUUAAGUUUUAACAUUGGUUGGUAUUUUUAUGUAAGCUUGUUUCCGCCACGGGAUAAAAAAAUAAAUAAAAAAAAGAUAUAAACUAUAAUAGUAUAUAUUAUAAAUAUAAACUAAAAUAUAAAAGGCUGAAUUCUGAGUUUAUAUCUGGCGAUUUUGCCUUUUUUUUUUUUUUUCUUUUACAGAAUUGGCAGAAAAUUUAGAUAAAAAUGUGCAAUUACCUUUUUUAUGUUUUUAUUCUGACGGAAAGCUUCGUUUUUUUUUUGUUUUUUGUUUUUUUUCUUGUUUUAAGUAUGAGCUCAAUUUUGAUAAAUUUUUCAGAAAACAAAACUUUAUCUCAGUAGUUUGAUUCAAGAUAAAAAUACUGAGGAAGAAAAGGAUUAUUUUGCGAUGUUGGUGAAGAGGAGUGACACCUGUAUCGAUCUGCAGUGUGAACGUGGCCUUUAUUCAACGAACCAUUUUAUACUUACAUAUGCUCAGAAAUGAAGAGACUGUUUAAAUUUUGCAACUACAAAGAGAGCUGUGAUUCUGUGGAAACACAGCGUGGCAGAGCUGUUUAAUGCCUCCAAACCUGUUGCGGCAUUAAAGGACUCCAGCCAGUAUUAGCAGCCCAAUAAUUAUUUCCACGCUACGUGCUUGAAACGUGUAAGAGCUCCUCCUGCCUUCGUGGCGGUCGCAGCUUUACAUGCUGUAUUUUAUCGCCACUUUAAAGUGUGCAAGAAAAAGGAAUGGAGAAAAGUAAUAAACAAUUCUUGCACAUUUAGCACUGUGACGAACAUACAAAAGAGAAGAGAUAUCAUGUUUGCAUAAUCAUUUGCGCUUGCUUCAAAGUUGAUUAUUUAUGGAAGCCAGUUUCUGCCACUGAGUAAAAAAUAAAACAAGGUAAUUGCGACUUUUUAUCUCACAAUUGACUUUCUUUUUUUUUUUUUGCAACUGCAAGUUUACAUCUCACAAUUGACUUUUUUCUUUUUUCUUUUGCAAGAUAUAAACUAAAUUGUAAGAAAAUAGUCUCUUUUCCCUCAGACUUUGUAACACACAAUUGCGAGUUUAUAUCUCACAAUUAUGACUUUCUCAAAACUGCCAGUUUUAAUCUUGCAAUUCUGACUUUUUUCUUGCAAUUACGAGUUUAUAUCACAAUUCUGAGAAAAAAUUGAACUGCGAGGAAAAAAGUUGUGAUUACUUUUUUAACCAUUUUUAUUCAGCGGCAGAAAGGGGCUUCUAUAGUUAAUAAAUCAAUAUAUAUAUAUAUAAAUGUAAAUCUACCAUGAAAAGGGAACAGCUUUAGAUUCCCGGUUUGCUCUGCUGUGGAAUGUGCUGUCAAUACCUGUUAUUCUCAAUUCAUCUGUGAAUAUUUAAUCUUUUUGUAAUCUUUGUUAUAUACUAGGCUGUAUAUACAGUAUAUAUAAGGAGGUUCAUAUCCUCGACUGGUUCAUAUCCGUAUAUUCUCGUUGGGAAACAGGCGUGGAGGUUGAACAUGCAUCCGCUUUGCUGAACACUGAAUCUGUGUUUUCGCUUCACUUGCCUAUAUCUAUUUUUCUUUUUUGUAAGAUGCACUGAAAUAAUGCAGACUUUUGACGAGCGGUUCUGGAACCUAGACGUGUAACUGGUCACUUUAUUACGAACGAAACUUAGACUAUAUUAGAGUAGAGAUUGCAUUUUAUGUUAGAAACCUGUAUGUAAUGUUAUUAUGGAAGAUGUAAUGUCCUUCUGUAAAUGUUGUUUAUUGUUGUUUUACCUGAAAUAAAGUUUAUUAAUGCUUCAAAUCAACCACUGUUUUCACUAUCGAUGAUAGUGCAUGUGCAUAUAGCAUGUGACUCAUAUUAAACCAUCUUCACAAA